AUGGUAGAGGAUUUAGCAGGCUUCAAUAUUGCUCUGAAAUUGGAGAAUAAAAUUUUGCAGGCCCAAGUGCAGUGGCUGAUGGAAGAAAAUGUUGCCCCACAGGCCCAGAUCCCAGAGCUCCAGAUGCCCCAAGCAGCCAAGGAGGCUGAACCACUCCAGAAGCCCUCAAAGUCCCAGGAACCCCAGAAACCCCUAGAAAACCUGGAUUUCCCAGAAGCCUGGGAGUGCCAAGAAUUCCCAGAAGUUGAGGGUCCCCAAAAUCUCAGAGAGCCCCAGGAGCUCCCAGCCUCGAAGACCCCAGCAGCCAGGAUUAAGAAGGCCCAGGAGCCCCCAGAUACCCAGGAUGUCCCAGUGACCCAGAAGACCCAAAAUUCAGAGCACCAGGAUCUCCCAUGUGCCCAGGAGACCCAGGAGGCAAUAGAAUGCCAGGAGACCCCAACAUACCUGGAGCCCCUUAAGCUUCCAACUCUCCAGGAGUCUCUGGAAACUGGAGUGCCCCACAAGCCUCUGGAUCCUUUAGAUGCCCAGGAGUUCCUAGAGCCCUCAGCACACCAGGAGUCCCUGGAGGGCCUAAUAGCUGCUUUGACAUCAGCAGCUUCAGAAUUCCCACAGUCCCCCAGUGGGUUAGAGGGUGAAGCUUUCUCCCUAGAAUACUGUUUAGCCUUCAGUGGAGAUGCGCAGAAGCUUUCUGAGUUCCUGGUUCAAUUGAAUAGUUACAUGAGAGUCAGAGGGCAUCUGUAUCCCACUGAAGCAACCAUAGUGAGCUUUGUUGGCAACUGCUUCUCAGGUGAGGCAGGAAUGUGUUUUUAGCCCUUACUAGAUACCCAAAGUGCCCUCCUGGAGCAAAUUGAAAGUUUCAUAGAAGUGCCCCAGGAUACUUUUGACAGUCCAGAAAACAUGGAACAUGCCAGUCACAGCAUCCAUCAGCUUUGCCAAGGGGAGGAUCCUGUCCACCAAUAUGUGACCCACUUCCAUCUUGCUCAAGAGCUAAACUGGAAUGAAAGCAUUCUCUACAUCCAAUUUCAGGAAGGGCUUGCCAGUUCUGUCCCAGAUGAUCUGUCUCACACAAACCCAGCAGCCGCCAACCUAUCUGAUCUGAUCUCUCAGUGCCUAGAAGAGAAGCUAAGUGGUAAGCCUGAUCCAAAUCCACAAGGAGCAAGUCCUUCUGAGGAGAGAGCUGGGCCUGAGAGUUUACUAGCUGAAAACCAGCCUGUGCAGGCUGCAAGCAAUAGCCCACAUCUCAGUGAAGCUGAACAGGCCCACUGCUGGGAAAGCCACUUGUGCCUCUACUAUGGUCAUCCUGGUCAUUUUGCCAAAAACUGCUCUGUCAAGACUCAUUGUGCAUAGCAGGUGGGAAACAUCGAGGCCCAGCAGUAAGGGGGAACCCGGGCAGGCCAAUCUAUAAAUAUGGGUCCCCCUCACUUCCAACAUCCAUGUCUCAUACCCUAUGGCUUAUUGUUGAAUUCCAACUGGGAAGACAACAGUUCUUUGAGCAAGCAAUGGUGGAUCCAGGCUCCUACAGAAACAGCAUUGACCAUUCUGUGGUUCUUCAAGAGAAUCUGCCCAUCUGCAAUAAUAUCUUCCUUCUGAUGCUUGAAACGAUAGAUGGUCAUCCACUGAUUAUUGGACCCAUAACCAAGGAAACACCAUCUGUGGAAGUUAAAAUUGGAAACAACGUUGAAGAGCUCCAGUUUGACAUUAUUCAUGCACCACAGUACCCUCUGACUCUUGGAAUUCAUUGGCUUCAAACACAUGAUCCAAACAUUGAGUAGAGUCCCCACACUGUGUCUUUUCCAUUCCAUUAUUGUCACUACAAUUGCUUCAGGCACAGGCAGAAUACAAGAUGUCAUGAUGAAAUAAUUGCUGAAUAGAUCUUGUGUCCUCGUGACUGAGCUUAACAACCUGUUUUCUGUUACCUCAGCUAUCAUCAGCAUUUGCUGCUCAGAAUCUUCCACUGAUGGGGGCACCUGGGUGGCACAGUCAGUUGAGCUUCCAACUCUUGGUUUCAGCUCAGGUCGUGAUCUUGGAGUCUUGAGAUAGAGCUCAUGUUAGCCUCUGGGCUCAGCGAGAGUCUGCUUAAGGUCCUCUCUCCUUCUGCUCCUCCCCCCUCCCUGU